CGGAACACGAAGGUGUGUUGUCAGAUACAAUAUUAUUUCAGUGUGCGAUCAAAAGGAUUUCGAAAAAUUCGCGAUAUCAAAAAAAAGAUUUUUUUCUUAAUAACAGUGUGCGGUUGAUUGUUGUUUCAACCGAAUCGACGCGUCGCCGUUCGUUCGUCUGAUCGGUUUUUAUUUUUUUCGGAUUCACACACCCCCCCCCCCUUUGAAAAGUCACUCAAAUCAACUAAAGGACGAGGUUGUUUUUCCUUGGAUCCCAUGAGUCGUACACAGCCAGUCACAAGAUGAAGAGCCCGCCUAGUCAAGCAGUCUGCCGAUAAUCGUCAACAGCUAUCAAAAAACAACAUAAUAAUAUUAUCGUAUCGUACAAAGUAAACAUUGUUUGUCGAUUUCGUUCAAUAUUAGUGUUCUUAUCAAAAGGACGGACGUCAGAUGAGGAAUGGAAAAAAGAGGAGAGUUGGUAAAAUAAAAUUCAUGGCCUUGGACGACCCGAGACUUCCGUACUGGUCAUGGCCGGUGAUAUGACCGGGGAGGCAUUUGUUAGCUACAAGAGGUUUGCGGAUCGACAGGCCGAGGUAUGCUGUCGUCGUCGGUUUCGGUGGCCUGCAGUCUGAUGGCCGUGCUGUCGGUGAGCGUUCUGUGCGGCGCGUGGGCCGAUUGUCCGGCGUCGUGCGAAUGCAUGUGGCGAAGCGGCAAGGAGUCGGCCAUAUGCACGGAAGCCAACAUGACCGCGGUGCCGCGGCACCUGGACUACGGCACGCAGUUGCUCGACCUGGCUGGCAAUCCGCUGUACCGGCUCGGCAAGGAUGUGUUCGUCGAGGCAGACUUACUGAACCUGCAGAAACUGUUCAUGUCCCGGUGCCGCAUCAGGACGUUGGACCGGUACGCGUUCCGCAAACUCACCAAUCUCGUCGAGCUGGACUUGAGCCACAACAGCCUGGCGGUGGUGCCGUCCACCGUGUUUGAGGAAAUACCCGAGCUCCGAGAACUGCGACUUAACGGAAACCCGUUGUUGAAGGUGCCUAAUUCGGCGUUUAGGCACGUGCCCCGUCUGGUCAAGCUCGACCUGUCCGAGUGUCGGAUAGCUCUGUUAGAGUCGACGGCGUUCGCCGGGCUGGAAAACUCACUCGAGUGGCUCAAACUCGACAACAACCAGCUCAGGGACGUGAAACCUUCCACGUUGGUGUCGUUGGCCAAGCUGCACGGCGUUCAGCUCAACGAGAACCCGUGGAACUGUUCGUGCAAGUUGCGGCCAAUCCGUGAGUGGAUGGUCAAGAGAAACGUGCCGUUUGGCGCACCACCCGUGUGCAAAUCACCGGCGCGACUGUCGAGGAUCUCCUGGGACAAGCUGGAGCUGGACGAUUUCGCUUGCGAGCCGCACGCCAAUCCGGUGAUGUCGGUGGUGCAAGUGACCGAGGGUGAUAACGCUACCGUGUCGUGUCGAAUGUCGGGCGUGCCGUUGCCGACGUCUCGGUGGACACGUAACGACAGGCCGAUCGGCAAUAACGGCCGCAGCGUGCCGGUCACGUCGGGCCGAUACACCAAUCUGACCAUAGUGUCGGUGGUAGCCCAGGACGGUGGCAGUUACACGUGUCUGUUGGAGAACAGGUCGGGCAGCUCCAAGUCAAACAUCACCGUGGUGGUGAUGAAACGAUCACCCGAACUGACGUUGGCCGCUGACCGAUUCGCGCUGCCCGGGCUCAUCGUUGGCGUCAUUUUGGUGUUGUCGUUCUGUCUGAUAUUCCUUUGCGGGUUGGCCAUCCGCACUAAAGGCAACCCGACCAGGUUUGCGGACCGCGGUGGCACGUUCGACAGGUACGAAAAAAUCGAAAUGAACCACAAAGUGGCCGACAACCAUCAAACGCCGGUGGCCCAACCGCAACCAGUGGACAAGGCCUGCGAGAGUAGGCCCGACCCGCCGGAUUACACAGAAUCGGUGGCUGCUACGGCAGCGGCGGUGACGGCGUCCAACAGGAUUCCUAAAGACGACGAGCCAACGGUACAAAUCGUCCAACCUGUGCCCGAACCAGACUUACCGCACCGCGUGACAAAACCGUCACCCGUUGCGCCUCAUAGCAGGCCGCGCAAGUUGCCGGCAGAGCCUGGCGGCAAGGACGACAAGAAGAGAACGUACUUGGAAUGCAACAUGGGAGAGGUGACUUUGCACCAUCAUGUCUUACACAAGGAAUCGCUUCCGGCUGGCAACCUGUACACGACGGCGGCCGGUCGACAAGACCUGUGCAACCCCAAGAACGUACCCGACCUGUUGGAUACCGCGUUGCUCCCGGCCAAGAGUCGUCGCCUCUCGCAAACCUUACCCAGGUCGACGUUUGGCUAUAACAAUCGACGGAAUACAAUGUACGCUCCACGAGUUACCUCAGACAGCCAGUCGCCACUACUGAAUGGCAGCAGAAGCAGUGGCGGCAGUAACGCCAGCCGAAGUCAACUGUCAUUCGACUCUUCCGUCGAAUCGGACCAUCCCAGACGUUUGUCGACCAACCAAAAGUCAAGUAGCUUCCUGAAUCUGUCCACCGGGUACGCCGGCGGUGGCCACCACGGCCGUGACCAACAACACCAUCAGCCGCACUACUGGACGCCACCAAGUCUUCCGUCGUCCCCGGCCAGGGAACGCAGGUUACCCGCCACGCCGCCCGUCAGCAGAUCGGCGGCGAUGGCCGCUCUGGCGUCCAUGACGGCCGAGACGCCCAUUCUGGAUCCUCUGUCGUCCAGACGCCGGUUGCCGCAUCACCAGAGCCUAGGCGGUUCCAAUCACUCGUUGUUGUCGUCGUCGGACGGCGCGUCCAUCACGUACGACUAUCACACGGCGCAGUUGGACAUGUUCCUGGAGGAAUACAAGCACUUGCGCAAGGAGCUGACCAAGAUGCAGCGGACGUGCGACACGCUUAGGUUGUCUAACGCGUCGCUGGCGUCGUCCCAGCUGGACGUAAAACCGGAACAGCCGACCGUGCGAACGCCAAAGUCCAUACUAAAAAACCGCAACCAAGCCACCUACGUGUACACCGGCGGCGGCCGUCGCAGCAGCCUGCACCAGUUGGACGCCGCUCUGCAGCCGUCAGACGAGCCAUACCUCGGUUAACGCGCUUGACGUCGUCACCGGUCAAGAACGUGUCAACAGCGACUGAUUUUUUUAUUUAUAUGUUUUUUGUUAUUAUACAUAUCGCGAUAAAGUGAGAAAACCGCUGUUUUUUAACCUGAGUAAUACUAGUGUUAUUUCGGGUAUUCUGUAGAGCUAUAACUAGCAGGCAAAUCAUUUUAUAAUAAGACAACGUUGAGGUAAAUUGGAUAGUGUUAGUAGGAAAGGGUACAAGUCUAAAAUUAUAGUUUUCGAGAAAUACAACAAUUCUUAUAGAAAAACUAUUUUUUUUUUUUUAGCUAAUAAAUUAAUACUUUUGCAGAUUUUUUUUAAUGUUUAAUGAUUUGUGACCUUUUUCGCGUGAAAAAUACUUCAAAACAAUUAACCACUUAUAAAGGGCUAUUAGUAAGCCCUUUGCAAAGAAAAAACAAUGACUUGUGCUCGUACGCAGUAAAGUACUUGAAAAAAUUGUACUUGUAUUAAAUUUGUAAAAUUUUUAAAUAUUAUAAGUGAUUUAAUUUUUCUGAGAGACACAAAAAUUAAAAAUCACGUCUGACCACUUUUGUUAAGAUAUUCGCUCAGGACUAAAAUACUUGUUGAUAGCUGUAGAUGUGUCCAAAGGAGAGGCAAGCGCAGAUAGAAGAAGAUAAAAGGGAAAUGUAUGGUUAGUUUCUCCAAAAACAUUUGAAGACCUUAUUCCUAAAUAAAAUCCAAUGAGUAAAAGUUUAGUACAUAUUUCGCUGAAAUUGAAAUUUAAAAAAUCAGACCAUUUUUUUAAAUAUAAUAUUGUUUUAACGUUUCAUUGAAUCCAUUCACGUACACUAACUCUUAAGACCGGUUAAGAGUUUAAGGCGUUAUGAUGGUUUUUAAACGUUUUGACAUUUGUUUUAUUUUUAUUAUAAUAAAAAGUAAAAUACAAAAAAAAAAACAAUAUUUA